AUGUUCCGAUCCGCGUCGAGAUCAUUGCUCCGUGGUACGCCAGCUACACAACAACUUCGAUUUGCGCAAAGUCGGAGAUGGAUUAGCGAUGCACCAUCGCCAGUACAGAAGAAACAGGGAUGGAGAAGUACAGUAGUGAGAUGGGGCCUUGCCGCGGGUGCCGUUUACUAUUAUAACACAAGCCCUAUAUUCGCUGAAGAGCCCCCUCUCGUAAAUAACGCCGGAUAUUCCUCGAAAUCGCAAGACGCAGCCGCUUCGCCUACAAUUGAGUCGUUAGCGGCCGCAAAGAAGCCGAAAGCGCAGCCAACUCCUCAACCCUCGAAACCCAAACAGUCACCAUCCGAUGAGCCGUCAAUAGCUGCUUCGGCUGAGACGGGGGCUCCAGCUGUGGGAAGCGAACAGCCACCGGUGUCUGCGGGUGAUCUCGAGAAGGAAGCAGGUCAAGAGGGUGCAUUCAACCCAGAAACUGGAGAAAUUAAUUGGGAUUGCCCUUGCUUAGGUGGCAUGGCACAUGGGCCCUGUGGAGAGGAAUUCAGAGCUGCGUUUUCCUGUUUCGUAUUCUCCGAGGAAGAACCAAAGGGAAUGGAUUGCAUUGAGAAAUUCAAGUUCGUAUCCCUAUCCCGCUUAUCCCCCUACAGCUCAUACAAGGUAGAGGGUUCAACGGGCAUGCAAGAUUGUUUCCGACAACACCCUGAAAUUUACGGCAACGAGCUUGACGAUGAAGAAGUGGAUGCCCAAUUAGAAGAGCAUAUCGCCUCUGAACGGGAAGCCGAACAAAAAUCGUCCGUAGAAGGAUUAGAUGCUGUACCAGCUGCUACCAAGGAACAAGCUGAAGCCGAGCCGGCCAAGGACAAACUACAUGAAGCGAUCUCGAAGGAGCUAAAUAGCAUUGAAUCAACGGUUUCAAAGAACUAG